CCACCUGUGUCUAUUUCAUCCACUAGUGGAGCAACAAGCACUUUGCCUGGUGGGUCUAAGACACAGUAGUGUCACUUUGACCUUGGUUCACUUCCCAUCAGUCCCCUUGAGAAUUCUUGCCCCAUUUAUGACAAACGGUUGCCCACAGAGUAGAACCAGUGGCUUACAUGUGUAGUACUGUCCUACACGUCCAAGAACUUUCAUAUACUCAGGCACAGUUUGAGAAUAUGACCCUGAAAUCACUUUUUAAUCCAGUGGGAACUAAAAUCGCAUCUGCCCCAGGUUUUAAAGAAGUCAAAUCAUUGUGAAAUCUGUAAAUAAUUAUUUAUGUUUUAUGAGGUCAGCAAUGAUGACAGUUUUUCCUCAUGACCUCCAGCUAUCUUAACCACUGAGCUUGUUUACAGUUAGACCAGGUAUAGCCACAAAAGUUACUCAGUGUCCUCUAAUCAGGAAACCUCAGGAAGUAUGAAAGUCUCCAGGGCUUGUUUCUGGUUUAUCAUCUGCUCUCAAUUUAGUGAAGCUUCCAAGGUAAAGACAGUCUCAUGUUGACAAUUCAAGCCUGCAAGAAUGCCAGACUGAACCACUGAAUCUUAAACAUCAGCCAGCUUGUUUUUUAAAAGAAAUCAGUGACACGUGGUGAUAUCACAGAGGCUACAAACUUACGGGCAUGUUUGGAGGUGUAGAGUGGAAAGCAGUCAUUACUCUAGACAUACAGCCAAGAAGAAGGGAAGCAAAUUCCAGCCUUUUAAGAAGUUGUUUGGCAAACGGAAAAAGAAAGACACUUCAUUGUCCCAGGAGGCAUCAGCAGGGAAGAAUCAUUCUCCCCAAAGUGUCAGCAAUGGGAACUUCUCUUCAGACGAGGAGACGCUAGAGGACAAUCUAAGGUCCUUCAACUAUUCUAUGGGAACCCGUGCAUUUUCCCAUGACAGUAUUUUUAUCCCUGAUGGGGGAGCAGAAAGUGAGCAGACAGUUCAAGCAAUGUCACAGGACAACAUCCUGGGCAAAGUCAAAACUCUUCAGCGACAGUUGGGCAAGAACAUCAAGUUUGGGCAGCCACCACCCAAUGCCAUUCCCAUGAAGAAGGCAGACAGUGGGGAGGUGAGCUUAGAAGAGGACCUGUUGCCCCCCAGUCCCAUGGAAAUUGUGACUCAGCAGGACAUCGUCCUCUCAGACACGGAGAACAAGUCCAGUGAUACGCCAAGUUCUCUGAGUCCUCCGAAUCUGCCUGGAGCCACCAGCGAGAUGGAGGAGAAGGUUGCUCCAGCUAAACCAUCUCGACCAAAAAGGCACUUCUCCUCUGCCGGCACCAUAGAAAGUGUCAACCUAGAUGCCAUCCCCCUGGCCAUUGCUCGCCUGGACAACAGCGCCGCCAAGCACAAGCUGUCCGUUAAGCCAAAAAACCAGAGGGUAUCAAAGAGGCACAGGCGACUCAUCGGGGAUCGCCCAGACGAAGACGGUGGCCUUCUGCCUCAGCUGUCCCCGGGCCAGAAUGGACACUCUGGGGAAGACAAGGCCAGCUGGCAUGAGGAGGAACCGGAGCCCCUGGACUCGGAAGAGGAGAGGAGGCGCCAGGAUGAGUACUGGCGAGAACUGGAGGCCAAGUGCAAGCGGCAAAAGGCCGAAGCAGCCGAGAAGAGACGCCUGGAAGAGCAGAGGCAGCAAGCCCUGGAGCGGAGGCUUUGGGAGGAGAACAGAAGGCAAGAGCUUUUGGAGGAGCAAGGAGAGGAAGAGGCGAUGGAGGAGAAGCAGCACCAGCCGGCGGCAGACAAGAGGCAACAUGGAGAGGAGAAGCAGAGACCGGAAGAGCCAAGUUGCCAAAGGCAAGAGCAGAGGGAGCCCGAGGAAGGGGAGCUUCUGGAAGCCAAGCAGAAGCCCCUGAAGGAAGAGGCCGAGCGACAGGAGCGGCCCCGAGAGCAGGAGGAGCUGGAGGCGUGGAGCAGGUGGGAGGCCGAGCAGCUGCGGCAGGAAGAGGAGAGAGAGUCGGAGGCACUUAGAAGACGGGAGGAGCCCGAGGAGCAGCGUCGGGAGGAGAGAAGGCUGGACGAGCUCAGGCAGCGGGAGGAGCUGGAAGAGCUGGGGCGGCGGGAGGAGGAAGAGAGAAGGAUGAAGGAGCUCAGGAAGCAGGAGGAGGAGACUAAGAGAAGGGAAGAGCUGAGAAAGCAGGAGGAAAUGGAGACCCAGGGGCGGCAGGACGCUGAGAAAGAGCAUCAGGACGUGGCGGCGCACAAGGACGAGAGGCAGCUGGAGCCGGACUCCAAAAGGGGCCCGAGGAGCCCACUUCAGAAAGAUUUGGCAGAGAAACCUGAAGACCAGCACCUAACAUCUGAAAAGCAAAGACAAGACUCUGUGGAGCCAAGUCUUGGGGAGAAGCAGCACCCCGAGGCCGAACCCUUAGGAGAGCAGCAGGGAGCGCAGGGGGCUCUUCAUGAGGAUGAUGGUUGUGAACGGCGGGGAAAGAGAGAAGCGGCUACUGUACAGCCUUCCCAGAAACAGGAGGCGCAAGUAGAAGUGAUGGCGACUCCCGUGGAGACGAAAGAAGCUGCUGCCCCAGAAACAGACAGGAAAGGGGAAGAGCUCAGGUGGCAGGAGGUGGACGAGAGGCAGACCAUGCCCCGGCCCUAUACUUUCCAGGUGGCUUCUGGAGGGAAACAAAUUCUCUUCCCCAAAGUCAAUCUGAGCCCAGUGACGCCAGUGAAAGAUGCAGGACUUGCCUCUGCUCCCCAUGAACCAAAGGCCCCUAAAGCCAGCCCGGCCCCCCAUGCCCUGUCCUCGUCCCUGAGCAUCCCCCACACGGCUAUUUUGGUCACGGGAGCUCAGCUCUGCAGUCCGGCUGUCAACCUGAGCCAGAUCAAGGACACUGCAUGCAAAUCUCUCCUGGGCUUGUCAGAGGAAAAGAAGCAGGUGGAUGUUCCAACUCCGGAGAACCCACCCCGAGUGCCCGCGGACCCCCGGCCAGGCAGCGGGAAGGCCAGGCCCCCCCAGGAGUCUCCAAGCAGUGCGGCUGCUCUAGCUGAAUGGGCAUCCAUCCGGUCCAGAAUCCUGAAGAAUGCAGAGAGUGACCAGCGUGGCGAGCGAGACCAGACUCAGCCCAGUGACGAGCACCCUCCCAGGGGCCGCUCCGAUUCCCGCGGGAACCUCCGGAAGACCCCGCCAGUGAAUGCGAAGUUCUCCAUCAUGCCCGCCUGGCAGAAGUUCUCUGAUGGGGGCACGGAGACCUCCAGACAGAACCUAGAAGCAGAAAACCUUAGAAAACGACCCGGGCUGGGACCCAGUGAAGAGGCAGCACCCCAGCUCCUGUCUGCUGGUGCUAACGUGCACCAGAAGGGUCCAGAGAAAGUGGGGGUGCACCAGGAGCCAACAGACACCACAGAAGGAUGCAAAUUUGCCAAAGACCUUCCAUCUUUCCUCGUCCCAAGCCUCCCCUACCCUUCGCAGAAAGCAGGGGCCCAUGCAGAGCCCGCGACCACUUCAGACAGUGAGACCCCCGGUGAAAAGCCAGACCCCAUGAUGCCAGGGGCAGAGGAAAAAGCCUCGCCAUUUGGAAUAAAAUUGAGAAGGACCAAUUACUCACUGCGCUUCCACUGUGACCAACAGACAGAGCAGAAGAAGAAGAAAAGGCAUAGCAGCACAGGGGACAGUGCUGAUGGGGGGCCCCCCACCCCUCGGAGCACAAAUGCAGAGAAAGAAACAGAGGGCACAGCCCCUAAGCAUGGCCCAUCCCACCUGCCAGAGAGGAAGCUCACCCCGGCCUCCGGGAAGGACUCUGCUGAGAGCCCCUCCAGCCACUCCCCUGCCGCUGUCCAGCCCGGGCCUGCACCGGCCCACAGCCAGACCCUGGCUCCAGAGCCUGAAAAGGUGGCAAGCAAAACGCCCCUGGCACAGAAGCCAGCCCUGGCUCCCAAGCCCACCAGCCAGACCCCACCCCCCUCCCCAGUCUCCAAACUGAGCCGACCCUACUUGGUAGAGCUGCUGGCGCGCAGGGCAGGGAGGCCCAGCCCAGAGCCCAGCGAGCCCUGCAAGGAAGACCAGAGGGGCGGGGACCCCCAGCCACCCUCACCACCCCUCCCAGAGGAGAGGCAGGCCCCGAAGAGGGACGAGGAAGAGGUGGAGACCGAGAGGAAGCCCUCUGCACCAGCGCUGUCCGCGGCUCGACAGGAGAAGCCCUCCCAGGCGCCUGAGGCCGCGAGGAAAGAAAAGCCGGUGCUGCAGAGCAGGCACUCUUUAGACGGCUCCAAACUUGGGGAGAAAGUUGAAACUGCACAGCCAUUGUGGAUAACAUUAGCACUGCAAAAGCAGAAGGGAUUUCGGGAGCAGCAAGCAACUAGAGAAGAGAGAAAGCAAGCCAGGGAGGCCAAGCAGGCGGAAAAGUUCUCCAAAGAAAACGUCGGUGUCAGCAGAGCUGGUUCCCUGCACAAGUCCACUGCUCAGCCAGAGGAGAAGAAGCCUGAGACGGCAGUGGCCAGGCUCGAACGCAGAGAGCAACUGAAAAAAGCCAACACCCUUCCUACAUCUGUGACAGUGGAGAUCUCUGAUUCAGGCUCCCCGGCGCCGCUGGUGAAAGAAGUCACGAAGAGGCUGUCCACCCCUGAUGCCGCCCCCGUGUCAACAGAACCUGCCUGGUUGGCUUUGGCCAAAAGGAAAGCCAAGGCCUGGAGCGACUGUCCACAGAUUAUUAAGUAGAGAGUGACUCUUGUCCAUUCCUAUUGCCAGUUAUUGGCUUCUGUCCUUUUUAUUUAUUUAUUUUUUAUAUAAGGUAAAGGAACCAA